UGCGUGCAGUUACGGUAAUGGUGCUGAUGAGGGCGAGGAGGAGGACGUGUGUGAUGCUGCUGUUGUGUCCUGCUGCCAUUUCAUCCCCGGAUCCUCACGGAAAUAUCAACAGUCCUGCUCAAAUUAACCUGCAUCUCGGAUCAUCUGUCGGUUUGCGCACUCAACAGGCUGGUUUACGCUUCAAAAACGGGUCAAAUGUUGAUGGUAGACAAAAGGCCUAGUAAAUAUGAUGAGUGUUAUUGAUGCAGGUUAUUCCUGUAAGCAAUAACACAACCGCUGCUACUCUGGAGGAUCAUUUUUAGAAGACAUAAUCAUCGAUAUGGGGUUUGCUUUUUACAGGUACUGAGCUCUUAACCUUAAGAUUUUAUUUUGGUGAGACAUGGAGACGAUAUGGCUUUAUCAGUUUCGUCUGAUCGUCAUUGGAGACUCCACGGUCGGCAAGUCAUGUCUGAUCAGGAGGUUCACAGAGGGCCGCUUCGCCCAGGUGUCAGACCCGACCGUGGGUGUGGACUUCUUCUCCCGCCUGGUGGAGAUCGAGCCGGGCAAAAGAAUCAAACUACAGAUCUGGGACACUGCAGGACAGGAGAGAUUCAGGUCCAUCACCAGAGCUUACUACCGUAACUCAGUGGGCGGACUCUUACUCUUCGACAUCACAAACCGCCGCUCCUUCCAGAACGUCCAUAACUGGCUGGAGGAGGCCCAGAGCCACGUCCAGCCGCACAGCAUCGUCUUCCUGCUGGUGGGUCACAAGUGUGACCUGGAGGCCCAGCGUCAGGUGACCCAGCAGGAGGCAGAGAAGCUGGCAGGGGCCUUCGGGAUGCGCUAUGUGGAGACAUCGGCACGAGAGGCUAUAAACGUGGAGAAGGCGUUUGUGGAUCUGACAAGGGACAUCUUUGAGCUGGUACGGAGCGGGGACAUCAAGAUCCAGGAUGGCUGGGAGGGUGUCAAGAGUGGAUUUGUUCCCAACACCGUCCAUUCCUCCGAGGAGGUCGCCAAGGGCAGCCGGCAAUGCUUCUGCUGAUUUACCUGGCUGCAGCAUGUGGGGUGACAGGUGGUAAUACUUCAGUGGACUCCACCUGUAGGAGAUCUCUCUUGUCUUGGCUGCACUCGGGCCAGUUUUUUGGGUACUCAUAAUAUUUCCCUGUUCAGUUACAUACUUCACUUCUAGACAUUGUUUUAUCUUUCGGGCGCCUGUUUAUGACUCCAAACUUAAAGACACUUUGUUGAUGUUCCUAACAGGCGUAGAAGCACAAGAAGCAUCCUAACCCCCUCACUGUUCUGUGUGCAUGUGUGUGACUGUAAAUAACCCUGCUGUCUUUGCAGCUCUUACCAACACUUCAGCUUUACUGCACUUUUGGCCUUUCCUGAUGUGUACAGUCAUACUCCAGUGGCCAGUUAUGUUGUUGGCGCACAUCUCUUAAAAGACUAAUACUAGUGUGUUUAUACUAAUUUAAAUCUGAAUCAGUGAUGCCAAGACUGGGCCAUGCCUCUUCCUUUUAACGCAUAAUACUAUACAUAUACUUUGUAUAGACUAUAUCCACUGAGCGAGAUGAGACAGACAGAGUACUGCACUACAAAUCCUAGUGGCUUAAUACAUAAAGAGAGUGGAACAUGAAAGUGAACUCAAAUCGAACCAAAGUUUGAGAUACUGACUCUGUCGUGUUUGGUUGUCUGACUGCGACUUGCCAACAACUGCUGGAGAAAGAGUUUGCACUGUGAAAAUGUUCAACGGUACAUUUGCUGUUUGCUGAAAGAAAAAGCUACUACAGCUGCUAACUGAUAGCCAUUAUAACCUGAUCAUAACAAGGAUUUUUUUAAUCAAUAUGGUAAGUACCCAGUUCAUGUUUACUACUCUGUGUCAGUUUUACUGGUGAGAAAGCCUUUUAUAGAACCUCAAAGUGUUCAACAUUAAAUAAAUUUAAAAAAUACAUUUUUAAAAAAAUAAUCAUAUGAAUAAAUUGUGUAAAAUAUGAAAAAAUGAACCAACAAUUUGUGAAAUAAUUAAAGAAAUUAUUAAAACUCAAGUCAUUAUUAUGAAAUAUUUUUUCCUAAUUUUCAUAAUAGAGUUUUAUUGGAGUUCAUUUUUAUUCGAUUAAUAGACUUUUUAUUUCAAAAUGCCCUUUUUCAAACAAUAUUUUAUAUCACAUUUUAUGUUGUAAUGUCACUUUACAUGACAAUGAUGUUGUCACCGACCCCUCACUUUUUAGCCAAUCACAUGCCCCAUGCCUCUCUUAAGCUAGCUCAACAACUGCUAUCAAAUUUAGUCAGUUAGCUCCUCUUAGCUAGAACACACAUAGCAACUAAACCUCUUUUUUAAGGCUUAGCUUAACAAGGCUGCUCAUGCUACCUACCGAGCUGGCUAACUAGCUAGGCAGGAUUGUGAGCUUGAAUUAUUACUCAGCAUCAAAGUGAAAAGACAGUGUCAGCAUUGUUAAUGUAUAUAAAGAUGGCAACCACACAGAAAGACUGUCUGUCUUUUUGCUCUUCCCAGAGUUGUGUGUCAUUUUAUGAAGAAAAUCUUUUUGAAUCAAAAUGUAGCCGACGUAACUCUGAAUUAACCAGCUAGCAGCUGCUGUCAACGCUGUCUCUUUACUUUGAUGCUAAGUAAUAAUUCAAUCUCACAACCCCGCCUAGCAUUGGCAGCCUUGUUAAGCUGCACAGGAGUUUUUAGUUACUGCGAUUGUGUACUGUGUUUAUUUACAGCAGCAGGAGCGAGAUGGCUGAUUCAGAAUAACUCUGACAUUGUUGUUCUAGCUAAGAGAAGCUAACUGGCUAAAUUUGAUAGCAGUCGGUGAGCUAGCUUAAGAGAUGCAGGUGGCAUGUGAUUGGCUAAAAGGUGAGGGGUGGUGGUAACAUCACUGUCAUGAAAAGUGACAUUAUGAAUUAAAAUGUGAUAUAAUGAAAUGAAAAGUGGCAUAAAAUCAAAUUGUAAUUGAGAAAAAAUGUCAUUCUGACAUAAAACAUACUUUUGAAAAAGAGCAUUAUGAAAUAAAAAAAUAACAACUAAAUAUUGUUUGAUUCCUACAUUUUAUGCAAUUUAUUCAUGUAAUUAUUCAUGUCACAAUUACUCAUUAACUUAUUCAAUAUUGAACACUUUGGGGCUCCAUACAUUUGGAAACUGAUUUUAUGAGUUUGUUUGAAUAUGGAGCCUGCUCCUAAACAUUACAUGACACCUUCAGGUCAUAAUCUCUUCUCACACUUAUGCCUACAAUCAAUUUAUAGAUUCAAUCAUAUCCAUAUUUAUAAUCAAUGCAUGCCUCUAUUUUAAUUCAAAUUUUCCAAAGAAAGAAAAUAAUUUUUAUUUUUGAUAUAAUGUAAAUAGACAUUUCACUCUGUACCUGGAAUGUCAUCAGAAAGAGCAGAAUUAAUGUGUCUAAUUUGUUGUGUAUCUGGCGCUAUGACAAAAAGUAUGUGAAACACUGAAAGUGAACAAAUUCGGAUUAUUUGAGCCCCGCUACAAUUGCACAGACUUCAGGUCAGAUUGGUGGCAUUAAUAUGGACUAAUUCAUUCAACAGUUUAGAAAGAACAGUGAGUGAGUUAAUUUAUUUUAACUGUGCAGUGGAAGUGUCUCUUUCGAGUGCCUUUUGGAGGAAAGAAGCCUAAACACACGCAAUCAACUUGCUGUUCACAGAAACAACUGUGUGUUUAUCCUGUGAAUAUUAAAAUCUAAGCUGUUAGAGCUGCGGGAAACACAUUGGUAUUACAUUACGCAACCUGUAAAUAAUUUAUUUGAAACCAAACCCUGACAAAGUUGACUGUUUAAUGUUGUUGUGACUCUGGGAUUAUUCUAGUACAAGUGUCAUCAAUAUGCCUGGAGACAUUAAUAAAGAUUUGCCUUGUGCAAAGAUUGAAGGUA